AUGGAUUAUGUUGCUUCCGGGAAUCUCUGGAAGGCCUUUAGAAAAGAAAUUCAAUCUGACCUUUUGAAGCUUCAAGAAGCUUGUUUGGCUGAUGCUCCUGGUCCCUCUGGAUUCCUUCGGGACUUUGAAGAAAGCUACUUCUACCCCAUCAACAACUGGAAAUCUCUUGAAGAGAAGGAGGAGAGUCCCUCUGUUAAAGUACCAAAUAUGGUAUAUCCAGAAGUUGAAUACCCACCAAAACUAGUUGCUCCAACACCUCCAGAGAUCUUGGCUGAAAUACUUCUUGCUCUUGAAAAUCCAGAUGCUGAAAUCCCUGCUCCUGUUUAUCAUGAAGAUGUUCUUGUGACUGAAGCUGAUGUAAAGGUAGUUCAGAAUGUAGCUGCUGCUACUGCUCAAGAAGUUGUUUUAGAAGAAGUCAUUGCUAAAGUUGUUCAGGCUGUUUCAAUUGAAUUUGAGAAGAAUAAGAAGGAAAAGAAAAUAAGAAAAAGGAAGUUGAUUAUUAAUGACUCCGAUGAAGAAGAGGCUGUUCAAGAAGCUGUGAAUCAGCAGGAAGAAAUCUUGCAAAGACCAACAACUCAAGCAGUUGAAGGUCAGAAUGCUGUUGUAAAUAAGAAGGAAGCUCUGGAAUCUGCCAGAAGGAGAGAAAUCUCUCGUGUUUCGACUACAGCUGUUGCUCAUAGGAGGAAGAUCAAAGAGACUCCUGCCCAAAAGAAUCCUGGGACAUCCCAAAGCGACAAACCCAGUGAAAGUGGCUCUCUCAAUCCUGAUAAAAAGCCUACGAGUUCGAAGCCCCCAACUGGUCCGAAACGGAAAGUUUCUUCGUCCGCUGCUUCAGAUGAUGAGGAUAAAUCUCCUCCUUGCACUAGACAAGGACUUAGGAAAAGACAAAAAUCUGCUACUCCUUCGAAAAAGGGAAAGGGAGCAAGUCCCUCCAAAACUGCUUCUCCUACUGAUAAAGCGUCCUCUGAAGAUUCCCCUUUGAAAACAACUAGCAACAUACUUGUUGUCGAAAGUCACAAUUCAAGUCCAGAUAAUAUCCAAACCAAGGUCUUUCAGGAUGAUGCUGGCACUGCUACUUCAGGUUUCAAAGAUCCUGGUCUUACCAUUGAUGUUCCCAAACUCUAUGAUACUUCUCGAGACAAAGCUCCUGCUCUUUCACCCGUGGUCGAAGAUGCUCAGCCCAUCAACACUAUGCUGCCCGAUGAACCCGUUGAAGAAAGUCAUUCUACUGAUGAGUCUCCAGCUACUCAUCAAGACAAAAGUUUGGAAGGCGAAGAUCACGCCCUCUCAGGUAGUGACAAUGUGAAUCUGCAUCCUCAUCAUAGUGACGACACUGUGUCUGAAUCAGAUGCUAUGGAGGAAACUUCCAAACUAGAAAAGCAAAACUUUCAAGAAGCUUCGACUCUUGACACAAAAGCUGAUCCUGGGACCACUUCAAUGCCUGCCCCUACGCCUUCGGAGCUAGAACAAUUAAAGCAUGCUGAUCCUCUUAGUUUCUUGAAGAUUAUCAUGAAUGUGGAUACUUCUUCGUCUCCAAGUCCUGACGCUAUUCCAGUUGCGACUGUGGGGUCUGGCAACCAAGAAGACACUUCUAGCCUGCUUCGACAAAUCAAAGAGCGGUUCUUCGAUGUCAAUCUUGUGGAUCUCCUCAUUCGGGAUCCUCUUAAGAGUCAUGGUUUAAAUCAACUUUUGAAAAAAGUAGAUUUACUUCAAGUCUCCACAACAGUCUCAGACGUACUUGUUCUGUUAGGCUCUCUGGUUGAGCAACUUCAAGCUGAUAUCCUUCGAAAACGAAGUAUCGAAAGAGAGUUAUCUGAAGCAAUGGCCUCCCGUGAUUCUUCAUGGAAUUCUGCAGUAGAUGCAACCCAACGAGUUUCGACUACAGCUGUUGCUCAUAGGAGGAAGAUCAAAGAGACUCCUGCCCAAAAGAAUCCUGGGACAUCCCAAAGCGACAAACCCAGUGAAAGUGGCUCUCUCAAUCCUGAUAAAAAGCCUACGAGUUCGAAGCCCCCAACUGGUCCGAAACGGAAAGUUUCUUCGUCCGCUGCUUCAGAUGAUGAGGAUAAAUCUCCUCCUUGCACUAGACAAGGACUUAGGAAAAGACAAAAAUCUGCUACUCCUUCGAAAAAGGGAAAGGGAGCAAGUCCCUCCAAAACUGCUUCUCCUACUGAUAAAGCGUCCUCUGAAGAUUCCCCUUUGAAAACAACUAGCAACAUACUUGUUGUCGAAAGUCACAAUUCAAGUCCAGAUAAUAUCCAAACCAAGGUCUUUCAGGAUGAUGCUGGCACUGCUACUUCAGGUUUCAAAGAUCCUGGUCUUACCAUUGAUGUUCCCAAACUCUAUGAUACUUCUCGAGACAAAGCUCCUGCUCUUUCACCCGUGGUCGAAGAUGCUCAGCCCAUCAACACUAUGCUGCCCGAUGAACCCGUUGAAGAAAGUCAUUCUACUGAUGAGUCUCCAGCUACUCAUCAAGACAAAAGUUUGGAAGGCGAAGAUCACGCCCUCUCAGGUAGUGACAAUGUGAAUCUGCAUCCUCAUCAUAGUGACGACACUGUGUCUGAAUCAGAUGCUAUGGAGGAAACUUCCAAACUAGAAAAGCAAAACUUUCAAGAAGCUUCGACUCUUGACACAAAAGCUGAUCCUGGGACCACUUCAAUGCCUGCCCCUACGCCUUCGGAGCUAGAACAAUUAAAGCAUGCUGAUCCUCUUAGGACUAAUCCAGUUUCAAUAUCGACUACUGCGCCUUCAUCUUCGAACGCUAGCGAAAUGCAAUUCGCCUCGACAAAUGCUGGAAGUCAGUUAUUUACCCCAGGGUCAUCCGCGUUCGAAUGGAGAACAAACAAUCCAUAUGGCAUGCCAAAUCCAUACAUGACAGGUACACGGGGGGCAGGACCCACAUAUAAUACAAACACCACAACAUUUUUGCCAAAUGUUGGUUCAGUAGGACGAAGUGCACAAACCACUGGCUUCUCCGCCCAAAUCCCCAAUUUUACGACAAGCAAUCAAGCAGCAUUCCGACAAGAGAUGGACGCAAGUAAUCACGAUAUGUUAGGAACCCUGGCCCAAUAA